CCCUGUCCUUCCACGGCUCCUUGCUGUCCCUGGAGCGUGUGAGACAACAGCUGCCAGCCUCGCACUCCCCAACUGGCGCGGUCCCAGGUUGGUUGCUUGUUGCCGUUGGUUUCCUCUCGAUAGUCGCCCGUCUCUCUCGUUCUCGGCAGAUUCUCACCACACCCAAUUACAUUCUUCAAGUACCAGAUACGCGUCGCAAUCGAACCCUCAGCUUAAUCUGCCUUCUCCGGGUGCGCAAAUCAUCAUCAAACCCCCUUCCGAAUGAUACGUGAUGGCUCCGCAAUCCGGUACGUUUGUGACUCUUUUGAAAUCAAACCUACCAAGCAAAGCUCCGCUUGACAUCUGCCGCGAAUCCCAUCUCAUCGCAACUCGUCUCCCUACCUUUCGUGGAAAAAGGGCCAAUUCCUGUUCCCUCCCCUACACGAACUGCCCCAGACCAUUCGCACAAUGCCUCCUAAAAAGAUCAUUCGAGCUAACCCCCCCACGAUCGACCUCUUAGCGAUCCCCCCUUCCCUACCUCCCUCCGUCGAAGAGGCCUACCGGAGAAAAUGCGUCCAGCUCAAGCAGCGCACCGGCGAGGUUGAGGAGGAAAAUGACGCGACUCGCAUCCGUCUCGCCCGGAUCCGGCGACAGAUUGAGAAGCUGCGGAUGGAGAGGGCCUUUUUGCUGGAGCAACUAGCUAAGAGAACAAGCACCAACGUGGAGGAUUCAGACGGCAGCCCGAGCCCGCCACCGACUCCUCAAGAAAAGCCUCUGCGUACGAAACGCGGUCACCGGAAGCCUUCGGUCCUCGCCGAGAUCGACGCCGCUGCUAAGGGCAACUCCAGACCGCUCAGCCAGACCGCCGCGACCAUCUCACCCAGCUCCGAGACUUUCUCCCACACCCAGGGCGGCGACACCCAGGCCUCGGCGCGCACCAACGGUGUCGCGAAGCCGCCCAAGCGUCCAGGCAACGCGUUUGAGCUGUACUGCGCCGAGACGCGGCCUGCUCUCGAGGAGAAGAGCAAGGACGACGCUGACGCCAACGUUGACGAGGAGCUCGCCCGCGGUUGGAAGGACCUGCCGGACGGCGAGAAGGAGACGUUCCAGAAGCGCUCCGAGCAGGAGAUGGCCAAGUACCAGAAGGACAAGGAUGCCUUCGCGGCCAAGAGCAAGAGCGCCGAGCCCAAGGAGGAAGAGGAGCGCGAGAAGUCGCCAGAGGCGGCGCCCGCGGCAUCGCAAGACGAAGACGUAGAGAUGGCCAACUACGACACCGAGGAGCAACCGGAGGACACUCCGGCCGCGGACGACAAGGCGGACGACUGAUGCGGCUCCGCGCACGCCGCGUGUUGGGACGGGUUCAGGCGUUGGGGCGGCUUUGCGGGUAGAGACUUGAUUGCUUGUUUGUACAAUACGAGGCACCAUAAAUAGCACCUGUGGAUGGAAGCGUCACAGCCGAUUGAU